GCAAAGCAAACCCAACACCAAAAGAAAAAGUGGCAUCCAAACAAACAUGUACAUCAUAAUACUCUUCUCUGUUCAUUUCCAUGCUUCAGCCUUCAUUUUUCACCUACUACCACAAGGUCCUUAAACCCCACUUCCAUUCCAUAAAGCAAGAAACUUUAUUCAACUCCAAGUUUCUCUCUCUCUCUCUCUCUCUCUCUUUCCAUGCUUGUUCCUGAAUUCAUGGAUUGAUUUGACAAAUGUCUUCAACUACAAGAUACUCACCCCAACAUACAUAGAGAACCAGGUUAUCUAACUUUCUGUUACCAUUCAUUCUACUAGGUGCGAACCCUCUCCUCUUCUUGUGCUGUUUAAUCCUUUAGAUACUUUAUCUUUUUUCCAACUUUCCACUGAUUUGUAGCUUGUUCUACAAUCUAGUUUUUUUUUUUUGGUCUUUUAUGUAUCCAAAAGGUGAUCACUGAUGAUCCAAAUAUCAACACCAACUCUUUUUCUUUUGUGUUUCCUAAUUUUGGAAACCUUCUGGCUGGUUGCAAAGCAAAAUUCCAAGGCAUAACAAGGGUUGGAAACUUGGAAUGGAUUCAUUCAAUCAGAGUGUUCAGAAUUCCAGCUUCAGGUACAAUCCAAAUUUGAACACAAGGACACAUGCAGAUGAAGAAGCUGAGUUCUCAGGAAUUCUUGAUAUCUUUGUCCAUCAUGCCAGGAAUAUUCAUAACAUAUGCAUCUAUGACAACCAGGAUGUCUAUGCUAAGUUCUCUCUCACUUACAACCCUGAUGAGACUCUCUCUACAAGAAUCAUCAAUGGAGGUGGCAAAAACCCAACAUUCAAUGAAAACUUGAGGUUGAAGAUCACCCAAAUGAAUGCUGUUCUGAAAUGUGAAGUUUGGAUGUUUAGUAGGUCAAGGAUUCACAUGGAAGACCAGCUUUUGGGGUUUGCUUUGGUCCCAAUUUCACAAGUUGUUGGCAAAGGAAAGUUGACUGAAGAUUACAGCCUUUCCUCCACUGAUCUUUUCCACUCUCCUGCAGGAACUGUCCAACUAACACUGUCUUUGGACCCCUCUUUGGCAAUCAACUCCUCAGUGAAUUUGAUACCUGAAUCAGCAAAGAACUCAUCAAUAUCAUCAGAAGUUAUUUUGCUUGAUAGAAAGAUCUCAGAAGUUAUGUUGGAUCCAGUUGAGUAUGCUAGAAUUGAAUUUCCUGACAUCAGUGUGGUGAAGGAGAAUCAGCAAAUGGUAUCUGAGUACUUCAAUUUGGCUUCUCAAGAUACUAAUUCUGCUCCUUCAAGGUCCAACAUUGGAGGGUCACUACCAUUUCUUCACCUUGGUGCAUCUCCUCAACUUGAUGAUUAUGAGAUGACUAUGAUGAGCUCACCAGAUGAGAAUCAUAUAGGGCCCAUUUCUCCAAAUGAGAGCAUUCAGAACUCUUGCUUCCCAGGUUCUACCAUCACAACCUUGAGUAGUGAUGAUAUAAACUCAGCAGAUUCAGUUGAGAAAAAGAACCAUUUGAGCACUGGUGACUCAUCAAAUUCUAUCACUGUGUCAAUCACUGUGGAAGGUACUCAAAACUGUGGUGCUGGUCCAGAUACCCCAACUUCCAAGAAAGAAGAAGGUGAGGCCAGAGGUAACAAAGAUGCAAACUUCUCAAGCAAGGAAAAGGAAAGCAAAAAAAUCAAUAAUAACAACACAGAAGCUUCAAAGUUUGGUCAAGUUUAUUCAGCUCCACUAGGGAACAUCAAUUUAGAAGCUGAGCAAGCUGCUAUGCAAAAACAAAUAGUGGACAUGUAUAUGAGGAGCAUGAAGCAGUUCACUGAGUCCUUGGCAAAAAUGAAGCUACCAAUGGACCUUGACAAACCUGAAAAAGUGGAUCAUGGUGAUGUUGAUGUGAUUCAGAAUCUUGACAACAGCAAAUUAGAAAUUGAUAAGAAGAAAAAGGAUGGAUCACGUGUGUUUUAUGGUAGUAGAGCAUUCUUCUAAGUUCUAAUCACCUCCCUCUUGGUGUUGAAAAUAGCAAGCAUAUGAGAUUGUGAGAAUUUAAUUAUUAUAACAUCAGGUACCUACCUCGAUUUCCUCAGUGAUAUUUAUUGAAGAUUUUAAUUAGUCCUGGUUUGUUUGACCUGCACCUUAGGUAAUGACAAUAAUAUUCUGUUUUAGAUGUCUUAUUGAUUGUUUAACUCAUGGCUGUGCAACCCCAAAAAAUGCCUCAUGAGUAUGCAUAAGUUUUCUAUAGUGUAAUCAUGGCAAGGUUUUUGUCAAUUUUAGUACCAUUAAAAUCAGUGUGACUUUAAAGCA